GUAUUUCCGGCGCGCCGUCGUGCCCGAAUACCAGGUCGGUAUCAACAUCUUGCGCUUCUGCAAAAUCUGCAGCCCCCACGAGCCCGACGUUCUCCGGACCAGCACCUCGUCGCGGAACGCCGGAAAUUUUGCCACUACCCUCCAGACUAACACGUAGUAAUGUAGCUUCAGAAGACCACGACGGCAUAGUAUCAAAUGCAAAUAUAAUGUCUGGAUGUGGAAAUUUGUGUUGCUGACACUCGCAGCAUACAGAGGGUACUAGCCGCUUGUACGGCAUAGCAGGAGCAUCAGAAGUUUGGAAAGGCUUGUUGCUGAUUCAUUCGGAAAACGCAUGACAAACUUCCAUCCAGCACGACAAAAAAACUGGCCCAUCGCAUUCAUGCAUCACAGAUCUUCUUGUCCUUCAAUUCUCGCAUCACAAAUCCAGACAUCCAGGGAUAUGUGCAAUGCAUACAUAGAGGAAGACGAUGAUGUCUUCGCGGAGCAGGACUACUACCAAGACUACGAGCUGGACGUUUUGGAUUCCUCUGUAUGAUCGCGAGAAAAAACUGUCUCAGUCUCAACUUGUAAUGCGGAACUUCCUCGAGACAGUUUUUUGUCAUGCUGGAGAUGCAAGAAAGACCGAUCAUCUUUCAUAUGUGUUAAUAUCCCUUGCUGUCUAAACGCAUCAGAGAUUUUUUGUUUCUUGCAUCACAGAACUUUGUAUUGCUGAGUCUGCAAUAAAGGUUUGAGACUGUUGAGACAGGUUUUUCUUACGAUGCUCUGUGGUAAAGCUCUACUACCCUUCAGCCUUCAACAGCACGGUAGCCGGAGAAGCAUUGACGGCGACUGAAGCUCCUGCAAAUGAAGUAGACCAACAAGAAGAAAGUGUGGACGUCGUGGACCCAGUGCAGCGGGGGCCGGAGUACAACUGUGACAGGGUACAACAGGUAGUAGGACACAGUUCUGUUGUCGCCGCAAGAACUUCACCAGCAUCCCUUUCUGGCUUGAGACGAGGCGCUGUUGACGAGGACCACAGCGGUCUGUUGCAAAUAAAAGGGGAAAAAUAUCAAAUGUAAAAAUGUCUGGGUCUGGAAGAAUGCAAGUUUGUCAUGCUUGUCUGGUAUGACUCUUAAAUCUGUCAUGCACAUUACCAAAGAGCCCCACUUUUCUGUCAUGCAGAAACGUAGUUUGUCAUGCAGAAUAGGCAACACCUAGAAGCUCCGAAACUUGUCAUGCUGAGCCAGCAACUGUCGCCUCCUCAUGAUACGCCACACAGCAUCACAAGUUUCCAGACCCAGACAUUUUUACAUUUGAUAAAAAAGACCACGGGGUUGAAGAUGAUUUUCCGAGGACAAAGAGACCAAUGGAAGCCACUAUCGCGAGGAAAAUUGCCCCCACCCCCAAAGUUGCAAAAAAUUUGUGAUGCAUAAGGUUUUCAAAUGAAGAACUUUUUAUCUAUGCGUGAAAGGAGAGUGAACCUUUCUGAUGCAGAGUCUAGGCCUGUUUCGCAUCGCUUGCAUGACAAACGCCGCUCUUGCUGGGAUCUUCUGCAAUACAAAUUUUUGCUAUUCACGAGCGGAAAUCUGUGAUGCUGAUAGAUGCAAGAGAGCGAGUGUUUCGUUUGGAAAAGUUUGCAAUGCAAAUGCUUUCAAGUUCGGGGGUAGGGGCAAUUUUCAUUGUGAUAGCCACCAGAGUCGAACUCCUUGACACCGAAGAACCCGGUCCGUACAAAAAACGCCCAGAAUACCACGAAAACCGGAAGAUUGAUACAAGUUGCGUGCAAACGACACCUUCGUACUACGCGGGUGAUGGGAAUAAAAACACUACUGCGCCUGACAAGAGCAGGAACAAGAAUUUAUUUCAGACCCACGAAGAUCAUUUUUCUUCGAAACGGCAGUUUCUCCAAUCGGAGCUGGAGCAAGCGAAUCGGGCGGGCUCUAGUUCGAGAGCCGCCGUUAUCAAAAGGAAAAAUCCUCCCUCCCCAUAUCGAAAAGAAAAUUUGUGAUGCAGAUUUGUGACCACAAAUCGAAUUGCAUUGCUAGAAGGCCAAGAGACGCAGCUGUUCCCUCGUUUGCAGGCAAUUUGUCACUCUGUUUCCCGUUUCCAGUUGCUUCCUGUCAUGCUGAAGCGCAAGGCUUUCCCACGCCAGCCAGCACUACAAUUUGCAUCUCUUCCCUUCUAGCAUGACAACGUGAUUUGUGAUCACAAAUCAUGCUACGCAAAUCUCCCUUUGAGUAUGGGGAGGGGGGGAUUUUUCCUUGCAAUAGCCGUCGCGGGGAAAGGAUCACCCGGCUCCAGCAGCAGUACUACAGGGUCUUCAACCUCAGUAGAAGCUCUGCAACUAUUACAUCCGGGUGUAGGCAGAGGGCAAAAAAGGGCGUUAAAAUUCCUGGCGAAAGCUGCGGAGAUGAACAACGAUAGCCGGAUUUGUAGUACUAUCCUGAGCUGCAAAAACGUUCCCAACCCAGAGUGGUGGUGCAAACCUCAUGCUUAAAAUGCUUCCCUUUCUGAACCCCAUGAGACGCAUUUUCUAGUGCUGUUUUGAAAUUUGUGAAGCUCGAAUCAGCAUGAGAUGCGAGAUUUGUGAUGCUGCUGCACUAGCGCAACCGCAACGCGAUGACAUUGCGAACCCAAACUACCUGUCAUGCGCAAGAACAGCCAAAGCGUGUUGAUCUUGAUUUCUCUAUGCAGAUUUUCCAACUUGACUGCGGGGCGGGGACGUCGUUUUCGCACAGGAUAUCAUGUAGAAGUGGUUUAUGGGACUGUCAGGAUCGAAAUCGACAAAAUCGAAAAAUCUGCAAUGCAUAAAAUGUAGAGCACGGAUGGCCUGUGUUGGGGAGCAAGCAAAUGCGACCGAUUGCAAGCCUGUUUAGGGAAAGACGAUGUGCUGCCAGAGUAGCAUGACAGGAGCAGUCUUCUUUGCCCAAACAGCAUGACAGACUGGAUUUUGGUGCUUCCGAAAUUUGUCAUGCGCCACUUGGAAACCGAGGCUCCAACUGGCGUCGAUUUUGUGCAUCACAAAUUAUUUCGAUUUUGUCAAUUUCGAUUCUGACACUUUCAUACGGUUCUACUCCUGCGAACGCUUCUUCCCUCACCUACCGACAGCGGCAGAAGCGAUUAAAACUCGGGACCUGGUUUGACCCGAGCAAGGGGCCGAUUCGGGUCCGGGUUCUAGAUGUUGACCGCCUCUCGCAGAAGGAUUUGCACACGGUAUUCAAGUAUCAAUAUCCAGUGCAAGAAAUAUGUCUGGGUCUGGAAGAUUGCCUGGUUUGUCAUGCAUGCUUUGCAUGACCCAUGAUGCCCGUAAUGCAUGACCUAGCAUCACAGAUUUCCUUUAGGGAGCUUUCUGCUGCCUAAUCCGCAUGAGAAAUGCCCUCUCCGCGUAGCACAAACUGCGUUUCUAUUGCUGGCCAUGCAACACAGAUUUUUUUGGAAUCGAAAGACAGCAUCACAAGUUGCAACCUCAGACACAUUUGCAAUGCAUAAUGAACUCGUGAAGUUCAUUCCCGCGGAGAAGUGUUUGAAACUGUGUCACCGGAUCGCGUUGUUUCGGGAGAUAUCCUAUGUAAAAACGUCCCCACCCCAUAAUCGCCAUGCAGGUCUGCAUGCUGGAACAUGUUUGUCAUGCGCGGCCCCAUGAGAAGCAUGCUCUAGUCGUGUUUUGGAGUUUGCAAUGCUCCAAUCAGCAUGACAGGCUAGAUCUGUGAUGCUGCUCCACGAGCUAAGCAGCAUCGCACUACGAGACCAAACUUGUCAUGCGCAACAACCAAAGCUGGUCGAUUUGUCGAGCAGAUUUCCCAUCGUUCGUGACUAUGGAGUGGGGACGUUUUUACUCAGGAUAGGAGAAGUACUCGCAACAAAGCUACGAAAACCUGAUUCGGCACUGCAGCGAAGAUUAUUUCGGGACGGUGCACUAUGGGGGUGUCAGGAUUGAAAUCGACAGAGUUGAAAUAACUUGUGAUGCAUAAAAUCGAUGCCAGUUGUUGGGAGCCCAAUUUCGAACUGGUGCAUGACAAAUUUUCGGAGCACUGGAAUCCAAUUUGUCAUGCUGUUUGGGCACAGAAGACUGCUUUUGUCGUGCUCCUUUAGCAGCUCUAAGUCAAACCCUAAAUAGACUGACAAUCUGCCUCACUUGCCAUCCCGGCAAGACAGGCGCUUCGUGCUUUGCAUUUUAUGCAUGACAAAUCAGGUCAACUUUGUCGAUUUCAAACCUGAGGCUUCCAUAUGCACAACGCGGAGUUGACGGCGCUGUUCACGCGGUGUUUUUCUACCAUCUCCAUCAUCGAAGUGGUCGACUACGUGCGGAAAUUCGGGCAGUUUUCCAAACCAUUCCUCGCCGGGUUGAUCGAAAAACAAACGAAGAAACGCGCGUUCGAUUUCGUUCGGUAUGAGAAUCUGCCGAAUUGCAAACCGCUUCCGCACCCGAUCAUCGCAAAGCCUUUUUCCUUGUCGAGUUACUUGUAUUGCAUGGGGAAAUCGGACUGGAAAACCUUCGUCUUAGAGGAGCUGGAUAUCCUGCGCAAAAGUAUCGUACUCGUAUUGCAAUCGUGCAGUACAAAUCUUCUUUUUAAGGUAAAUCCGCAUUACAAAUUUUAUGUCUCAUGCCGAGGAAAUUUGUAUUACAAAUUUAUUCUCAUAAAUGCAUUUAAAAUGCAUUUAUACGAGUGCGAUACUUUUGCAGUUCAUACUGGAAGAGAAGGGACAAAUCACGGCCGGGGACUGCGUGACAGGCUUAACUUCCGAGCGAGAAAACAGGUUGGGAAAGAGCAUCGCCGAGGAGAUGCGGCUGCUUGGAACUUCUUCUACUACGGGGGAGGACCACGCGACGGAGUACUUUUCAUCCUUGCGGAAAAUUAGUAGACAAGAUGGUCCCGCCCUUGUUGCACAGCUCUUACCUGGGAACAUCAAGAAAGGCCCGCAUGAAGAAGACACCGUAGAACAACAAGACGAGAAAGCCCUGCUGGUGGAGCAGCGACUCGCCAUGCGGGGCAUGCCUCCGCGGCCCGACGCCGUGAUGGUAUCAACUGUAAAAAUGUCUGGGUCUGGAAGAUUUUGACACCUGUCAUGCACGUUUUGCAUGAGCCAUGAUGUCUGUGAUGCAUACCGUAGCAAUACAGACUUUUUGAGGGCUUCUUGAUGCCGAUUCCGCAUGACAAAUUUCUUCUCACCGUACCAAAAAUUACAUUCCCUGUGCUACUCAUGCAAUACAGAUUUUUUUGGAAUCCAACUGCAGCAUCACAAGUUGCAUUCUUCCAGACCCAGACAUUUUUGCAUUUGAUAGAUGGCGCAUUUGUACAAGGAGCAGGACCAUUAUGGAAGCGUCAGGAUUGAAAUUGUCAAAGUUGAAAGAGUUUGUCAUGCAUAAAAUGCAGCCCACAAAGUGCCUGCCUUGCAGAGUAGGCAAGCGAGGCAGAUUGUAAGCCUGUUAAGGGGUAGACACUGAGCUGCUAAAGUAGCAUGACAAAAGGCGUCAUCCUUACCCAAACAGCAUGACAAACUGGAUUUCGGUUCUACCCAAAUUUGUCAUGUGCCACUUGGAAACUGGGCCACAACUUUUUAUUCAUUUUAUGCAUUACAAGUUAUUUCAACUUUGUCGAUUUCAAUCCUGACACAUCCAUAAACAUCAAAUGGUAGAUCAGCAGGGGGGCCACCAGGACAUCAAGCUGUCUUCCGUCAGUGAAGACGAACUUGAACGAAAGGACGACGAAACCCUGAACAUCGCUAGUAGAAGAAGAGGGAGAGGACCUUCAACUGGUGCAAGAACUACCAGCUCAACAACAACGCUGAGCACCCGCUUUCCGCUGCAGUUCACGAAAGUGGAACAACAAGUGGAGCAGAGACGGCGCGAAGAAAGCCAAAUCGGCUCAUCUUCAAAAACUGGUAUUGCGGGCGGGAGCACAACAAGCACCGACGCGACGGCGAGGCGGUUCUUGCCAGACGGACCCAACUAUCAAAUGCAAAUCUGUCUGGGUCUGGAAGAGUGUAAACUUGUCAUGCAAAUUUUCUAUGGCCCAUGAAUCUGGAAUGCGGGACCUAGCAUGACAGACUCUGCGAGGUCUCUAUCAUGCCUCUCCUGCAUGAGAAAUUCGCUCCCAGCUUGGUCGAAGGUGGGCAGCUUUUGGCACUACAGUGCAACACAGAUCUUUGCAUGAUUCGGACUUAGCUUGACGAGUUGGAAUCUUCCAGACCUCUCAGACAUAUUUGCAAUCCAUACCAACAUAAACAAGGAUCAUGCAGAUGAGGCGCAAUUGGUCAUCGAGGAAAACGAGCUAAAGCUGCUACCCGGAUGCACUACGAAGAAUUUCAUCCACCCGCCCGAGCGGUCUUGGCGGAACCGGGAGCGGUUUUCGUUUCUGCACAAGGGAAAAGUGUACUAUUUGAAACGGAAACUGAGCUUUCGACCGCGUGAAGGAGCAGAAGCGUCAACAGCGAGGCUGCGCACUAGAGGUUUCUCUGACAGAAAACCCACGACAAGCUUCGCUUCUGAUAGUUGUACUGCGUUAACUGUUUUUGGGGGCCGAAAUGACGAAACUGCUGCUGCUUGUCAACUUGACACCGAUGGAACAAAAGUGCCACCUUCUUCUUCUCUCCAAGUAAAUUACGAGUGGCAGUCCCGCAAGGCGCUGAAUUACUUCCAACCGCGGAAAAGACACCAGAGACACGCGGUGUUGCGGCAACGGCGGAAAGAGAAGCGGGUACUUGGGGCGAUGGCGAGGCAAAAAUUGCUCGGGUUGGAGAGAAGGAUUUGACCGAAGCUCCUGCGGAAUAGAUGUAGUCCGAGCAGUGUGCUGGUCACAGUUGCAUGUAGCACCGGUAUUGAUUCUAUAGUGGCGAAGAUCAUUGAGGGUGAUGGAAAAAGGAGCAGAAAUGACG